UUGUCACCGGGGAACCGAGGUUGUCUCCACUUUAAAUCCGGCGGACCUUCACUCCGUGCAUCCUCCCCUUCGUCCUCUGACGAGCUCCUCUCUCCUCUUCUCUUUUCUAGCUCCUCGGAGCCCUCGGCAAUCUCUUUUCACCCCUCCUACUUGACCGACGCCCGACAGACCCGACGCCAUGGAGGCCAUCAAGAAGAAGAUGCAGAUGCUGAAGUUGGACAAGGAGAACGCCUUAGACCGGGCGGAGCAGGCCGAGACGGACCAGAAGUCGGCGGAGGACAAAUGCAAACAGCUGGAGGAUGACCUGCUGGCUCUGCAGAAGAAGCUGAAGGGAACAGAAGAUGAGCUGGACAAAUACUCGGAGGCUCUGAAGGACGCUCAAGAGAAACUGGAGCUGUCGGAGAAGAAGGCCGCAGACGCGGAAGGCGAUGUGGCAUCCCUUAACCGCAGGAUCCAGCUGGUGGAGGAGGAGCUGGACCGGGCCCAAGAGAGGCUGGGCACGGCUCUCCAGAAGCUGGAGGAGGCAGAGAAGGCGGCGGAUGAGAGCGAAAGGGGCAUGAAGGUGGUGGAGAACAGAGCUAUGAAGGAUGAGGAGAAGAUGGAGAUCCAGGAGCUGCAGCUCAAGGAGGCCAAACACAUCGCAGAGGAGGCCGACCGCAAAUAUGAGGAGGUGGCUCGUAAGAUGGUGAUCCUCGAGAGCGACCUUGAGAGAGCCGAGGAGAGGGCAGAGGUUGCAGAAGUGAAGUGUAGCGACCUGGAGGAAGAACUGAAGAAUGUCACCAACAACCUGAAGUCCCUUGAGGCCCAGUCCGACAAGUACUCGGAGAAAGAAGACAAAUACGAGGAGGAGAUCAAGGUCCUGAGUGACAGACUGAAGGAGGCGGAAACCCGUGCGGAAUUUGCAGAAAGGACAGUGGCCAAGCUGGAAAAGUCCAUAGAUGACUUGGAAGAUAGUCUAUCGCAUGCAAAAGAGGAAAACUUAGGAAUGCACCAAGUCCUGGACCAAACACUGCAAGAGCUCAAUAGCUUGUAAAGACACCACAGAGAAGAAGCAAUUCCGACAAAGUUUUGUGAAAGAGCAACACAUUCCCUCCAUUUCAGCCCAACAAUUACCACAAUGAUAGUAACACAUUUAGUCCUUUUUAUAUAUUUAUGGUUAUUUGUUUUCCUCCCCAUACCCCCUUUUUAUAAUGGUUUUGGGUCCAUAUGGUAUCAAAUUUUAGCGCUGAACAAUUUUGUUGAAUAAAACCUGACAAGGAUGACAAUCA